CCCGAUGUGAUGACUGCUGAACGGUAAGAGCUGUUAACUAGUGUCGGGUUGUGAGACUGCUUCACUGAAGGAGUGAACCAGUCCUCCUAAUUAAGAUAUCCUUUAACUUAAGGGCUGAACAGAUCAUAAUUAAGAUCUCCUUUAUUGAUCAGACUUCUGCGGGGAAUCCGAUUUCGAUAUCCGAACACUUUCGGCAAAGUGACCAAAGACUGUCGGACCAUGUUAGUUAUACCCAACAUACCAGGCCUAACCGAGAGUCAUUAUUACUAACAGAUCGUAUAUAGGGUUAUUAUCGGGGAUACGGACUUUAACGACCAACUCAGACCUGUCUAGGACCACGCAUGCGCACUGGAAGGACUCCGCCCUCUACCUGAGGGAACGCACCUGGACCCGCGAGACGGAAGUGUGGCAGCGCGAGGAGGGGUCGCCCGCAGCGGUCUUUACUUUAGAGAAAAACAAGCAAAGAAACAAACAAACAAGAAGUUUAGAAGUUGAAGCAGAAGGUCGGACUUUUCAGAACUGCCGACCGCUGAUGUUCUCCUCGUCCGAUGGGUGUCAUCGUUCUCAGAAGAACUCAACUCUGAUUCAAACUCAAAGGGUUUGAUUCGGGCUCCGUCUGGCCCUGUCUCCCUGAUGCCUGGGCUCCGCAGGGUGCUGCGGCGGUGGCUCCGCCCUGUGAAGGUGGUGCUGUUGGCGCUGGUGUUUGUGACGGUGCUGUUCCUGAUGCAGUGGGAGGUGGGGCGCCCGGCCCAGGUCCCGGGCGCCCCACCUCCCCCCACCUCGGCGGGGGGGCAGGGCUCUGUGCUGGGCCGGGUCCUGGGCGCCGUCCACCAGCUGCUCCCCGACCUGCAGAUCCGGGCCCCAGAGCGUCGGCGGGGCCCAGGGGGGAGGGGCUGUCCCCCGGGCCGCUACGGCGCCGCCGAGCUGCGCCCCGCCCUGGAGCGCCCCCCCCAGGACCCGCGGGCCCCGGGGGCCUCGGGGGGGGCCUUCCUCACAGACUCCCUGACCCCCGCGCAGCAGCAGGAGAAGCAGCGCGGCGAGGAGAAGCACUGCUUCAACCUGUACGCCAGCGACCGCAUCUCCCUGAGCCGCGGCCUGGGGCCCGACACCAGACCCCCAGAGUGCCUGGAGCAGACGUUCGCCCGCUGCCCGCCGCUGCCGACCACCAGCGUCAUCAUCGUGUUCCACAACGAGGCCUGGAGCACGCUGAUGAGGACGGUGUUCAGCGUGCUGCACACGGCCCCCGCCCGGCUGCUCAAGGAGGUCAUCCUGGUGGACGACGCUAGCGUGGACGAGGCGCUGCAGGGCGGCCUGGACGCGUUCCUCAAGCCGCUGGGCCAGGUCCGCGUGGUGCGCCAGCGAGAGCGGAAAGGUCUGAUCACAGCGCGCCUGCUGGGGGCCUCGGUGGCCACUGGGGACACCCUCACCUUCCUGGAUGCUCACUGCGAGUGCUUCAGCGGCUGGCUGGAGCCGCUGCUGGCCAGGAUAGCGGAGAACUACACAGCAGUGGUGAGCCCCGACAUCACCACCAUCGACCUCAACACCUUCGAGUUCAUGAAGCCAUCGCCCUACGGCCAGAACCACAACCGGGGCAACUUCGACUGGGGCUUGUCCUUCGGCUGGGAGAGCCUACCGGAGCACGAGAAGCAGAGGAGGAAAGAUGAGACCUACCCCAUCAGGACCCCUACGUUUGCUGGAGGCCUCUUUUCAAUCUCUAAAGAAUAUUUCUAUCACAUCGGCAGCUACGACGAGGAGAUGGAGAUCUGGGGCGGCGAGAACAUCGAGAUGUCCUUUAGGGUGUGGCAGUGUGGUGGGCAGCUGGAGAUCCUGCCCUGCUCGGUCGUUGGUCACGUGUUCCGCAACAAGAGCCCCCACUCCUUCCCAAAGGGCACCCAGGUGAUCGCCCGCAACCAGGUGAGGCUGGCCGAGGUCUGGAUGGACGAGUACAAGGAGAUCUUCUACCGCCGCAACCAGCAGGCGGGACAGCUGGCCAUACAGGGGGCCUUCGGAGAUGUCUCGCGGCGGGUGCAGCUCCGUCAACGGCUCCAGUGUAAGACCUUCACGUGGUUCCUGAAUACCGUCUACCCGGAGGUCUUCAUGCCAGACCUUCAUCCUCCACAGUUCGGCUCGGUCAGGAGCGAGGGGAAGGAGGCGUGCCUGGACGCAGGCGAGGACAACGAGGGCGGGAAGCAGCUCAUCAUGUACCCCUGCCACGGGCUGGGAGGAAACCAGUAUUUUGAGUACUCCUCACACCAAGAGAUUCGCCACAACAUUCAGAAGGAGCUGUGUUUGCACGGGAAAGAUGGACUGGUGAAACUGGAGGAUUGCCAAUACAAAGGCAAGCACACGUUGGUGGGCGCAGAGCAGGAGUGGGAGCUGAAAGAUAACCACCUGUUCUACCUCCGAGGGGCCGACAUGUGCCUCAGUGCUGGGAGCGGCCAGCCGGCGCUGGCGGGCUGCGAUGCCUCGGACCGCUCACAGCUCUGGACCUUCAUAUGAGCUCUGGACCUUCAGCUCUGGACCUUCAUAUGAGAGCUCUGGGCCUUCAUAUGAGGUCUGGACCUUCAUAUGAGCUCUGGACCUUCAGCUCUGGACCUUCAUAUGAGCUCUGGACCUUCAGCUCUGGACCUUCAUAUGAGCUCUGGACCGCUCACAGCUCUGGACCUUCAUAUGAGCUCUGGACCUUCAGCUCUGGACCUUCAUAUGAGAGCUCUGGGCCUUCAUAUGAGGUCUGGACCUUCAGCUCUGGACCUUCAUAUGAGCUCUGGACCUUCAGCUCUGGACCUUCAGCUCUGGACCUUCAUAUGAGGUCUGGACCUUCAGCUCUGGACCUUCAUAUGAGAGCUCUGGGCCUUCAUAUGAGGUCUGGACCUUCAGCUCUGGACCUUCAUAUGAGAGCUCUGGGCCUUCAUAUGAGGUCUGGACCUUCAUAUGAGCUCUGGACCUUCAUAUGAGAGCUCUGGGCCUUCAUAUGAGGUCUGGACCUUCAUAUGAGCUCUGGACCUUCAUAUGAGCUCUGGACCUUCAGCUCUGGACCUUCAUAUGAGCUCUGGACCUUCAGCUCUGGACCUUCAGCUCUGGACCUUCAUAUGAGAGCUCUGGACCUUCAUAUGAGCUCUGGACCUUCAGCUCUGGACCUUCAUAUGAGUUCUGGACCUUCAUAUGAGGUCUGGACCUUCAGCUCUGGACCUUCAUAUGAGUUCUGGACCUUCAUAUGAGGUCUGGACCUUCAGCUCUGGACCUUCAUAUGGGCUCUGGACCUUCAGCUCUGGACCUUCAUAUGAGCUCUGGACCUUCAUAUGAGCUCUGGACCUUCAUAUGAGCUCUGGACCUUCAGCUCUGGACCUUCAUAUGAGCUCUGGACCUUCAGCUCUGGACCUUCAGCUCUGGACCAUCAGCUCUGGACCUUCAGCUCUGGACCUUCAUGGGAGCUCUGGAGAAGGGGAUGCCACCGCUGAAAGGAACCGGAAAUUGGCCUUAUUCAGCUGGUGGCCAUCCUGACUCUAAACACUGCAGGGUGAUGGAAUGAAUACGGAGGUUCAGAUCAGAGGCGGAACCAACAUGGCCGCUAGGUAAGGCCUAAGAGACCAGCGGGAUAACUGGUAACUGACAGAUCAGGUUUAAUUAUAUAGAUAUAAAAUUAUGGACUUUUAAUGGGAAAAAAAAAGCGCUUUUACUCAAAUACUUAAAAAAAACCAUUUUAUUUAUCUGCUUUUAAUGCGUCAAUUGCAUUUUUCUGUUUUUACAAGAUAUGUGAUUAGUAUUUUAAAUUCACAGAAUUGUGUUAUGGUGCCUUGUUGAGGUUGAAUAUAUAUAUAUAUAUAUUUUUUUUACUUUUUUUUUUUACUUACUACUUAUUUACACAACCCAUCAAAUGGCUGAAAUCCCUUCAGCAGCGUAAACAGGAUCAAAAAGCUUUAAACAAAGCGGAAUGAAUUACAGCCCAAGAUCCACCCUAUUCACCACCGAGCCUGUCUGACCUCCGUGUUUGGGGCUGAGGACUGCAUUUAUUAUCAGUAUUUAACUUUGAAUGUUCAUAAUCACUUUUAUCCUCUUGAAUAUUCUUUACCGUGAUAUAUUAAUAUUCAUAAUCAAGAUUUACAUUUUAAUCAUAAUCAUGAUCUUAAUAUGCACAAUCAUUAACAUUUCUUUACAAACUACAAUAUUAUCAUUUUUUAUUUUGAUGUUUCAAUGGUAGUUAAAAGUUGCUGUUGCAGAUACGAUUGUAAAACAUUCAAUCAGCUUUUCAAAAGUCUAUAUUUAUAGUUUGUGUUUGAAAAUCUAAUUUUCUAUUUUCUUGCACAACAAGGGAUUGUAAUAAACAGUUUAGUUUGCUAAGAUGUUUCCAUUUAUGGUCAUUACAAACCCUUUCUAAAGGUUAGAAUUUGUUUGACCAAGUUGCUUAUUUAUAUUAUAUUUUCUGAGAAACUUGAUUUAUACCUCCCAGGUGGGAGAUAUUUAGAUUAUAAAUGUAAUUAAUGAGCUGUUGUAUAUUAUUUGUUUCUUGUUGUAUUGUGUGCCACUAAAGAUGUGGAGGCCACUAUGCCCUCAUCUCCUGCUGUUCUGUACACGCAGUGGUCAUCGACCAGGAAGGGGAGGAGCCACUACUGUCCUCACAUUCCUGUGUGAUGUUAGGUCAUCUCCUGCUGGCUCCUCCCCUUCCUGGUCGCUGACCAGGAAGGGGAGGAGCCACUACUGUCCUCAUAUUCCUGUGUGAUGGGAGGUCAUCUCUUGCUGGCUCCAGCCGCUCAUUAACUCAGAUCUUUAUAUCGAUUCUGUUCAUUUGUAAACCAUGGUAAAAAGGAAACGACAUGAAAAGGAUUUUGGUUUUAAUCUACCAUAAGAAACAAAUCGAUUUCUAACAUGUAUAUAACAUUUUGUGCAAAAUGUAUCCGGUUUCACAGAAUAUGGAUCAAAACAAAAUAAAUUAGGCCUGUGACAAUUCUACAAAUCACAACCAGCAUAAAACAAAUGGGACUCGACAUAGACGUUUUAGUUUAGCCACAAUAAAUAAUAAUAUUAUAGACAUGAUUCUGAAUAAAUAUCGAAUCAAUCCAACACAGCAGCUAUUCUUCCUGACCCCUUCCUUCUCGUCUACUUUGGCAAAAUGUAGGGGUAUGUUGAUUUCAGUGGCAUGGUAACGGUAUGUUGAUGUUAGGGGUAGGUUGAUUAUAGGGGUAUGUUGACUUCAGUGUGAUGUUAGCCUUCAGUGCGUUUAUCUCUGAGCCAUUCGAGGCACAGACAGUUUUACCUGAUGAUAAUGAUUGGAAGGUAUUGAGGGCAGGGCAGAUAUUCCGUAAUGCAGGGGCUAAGAGCUUAACAAGCACAAUGCUUUCGUGAACUAUUAGUGUGGGAAAGAUUUUUUUUUAAACUCGGAGGCUAUUGAAUAUAUGAUAAGAGGCUUAAUAUAGUCAUGGUUUCACUUAUGCUAACCUGUUCUUUCAUACCUCAUAAAAAUAUACAUAUAUUGGGAAAUAUAUAAUUGUUUUGAUUGAACACUAAUUUAUUUCCCUCUUAAUCUUUGAUCAUUUCGUAAAUGAUUUCAUGUAGAACACUAAUUAAUGGGCCUGCAUGAUUAUCAUCUCAAUUGAUAGACAUACAAGUCCUAACAGUGGAAUAUGUGUAAACCUGUUCUCAGUUCCAUUACUAAAACACUAAUAGCUGUGGUCCCCCGGAAAUGUUUCAACUAUUUCAAGUUUCCAUCUAAUCCUAUUUCCACCAAAUGUCCAUGACUGUAAGAUGUUAGUGAUCCUUUAGGGCUAGUUGUUAGUGGACAUGACCUUGAGGGGGUACAGUACCCUGUUAGCUGUAAGGGGGAAUUUAGGGGGUACAGUAUCUUGUAAGUUGUUAGUGGACAUGCCCUUUAUGGGGUACAGUACCCUUUUAGCUGUAAGUGGUCAUAAUCUUUAGGGGGUACAGUACCCUGUUAGCUGUGAGUGAACCUUUAGGGGGUACAGUUCCCUGUUAGCUGUGAGUGAACCUUUAUGGGGUACAGUUCCCUGUUAGCUGUGAGUGAACCUUUAUGGGGUACAGUUCCCUGUUAGCUGUGAGUGAACCUUUAGGGGGUACAGUUCCCUGUUAGCUGUGAGUGAACCUUUAGGGGGUACAGUUCCCUGUUAGCUGUGAGUGAACAUUUAGGGGUUACAGUUCCCUGUUAGCUGUGAGUGAACCUUUAGGGGGUACAGUUCCCUGUUAGCUGUGAGUGAACCUUUAGGGGGUACAGUUCCCUGUUAGCUGUGAGUGAACCUUUAGGGGGUACAGUUCCUUGUUAGCUGUGAGUGAACCUUUAGGGGGUACAGUACCCUGUUAGCUGUGAGUGAACCUUUAGGGGGUACAGUUCCCUGUUAGCUGUGAGUGAACCUUUAGGGGGUACAGUUCCCUGUAAGCUGUGAGUGAACCUUUAGGGGGUACAGUUCCCUGUUAGCUGUGAGUGAACCUUUAGGGGGUACAGUUCCCUGUAAGCUGUGAGUGAACCUUAAUGGGCUGCAGUAGCUAUCCAGAGUGCUUCUGGGAUGUUCCUGCCACAUGUUAGACGUCAUGUUGUGUAUUAAAGAGAUGCCAAGUGAAGUCAGGGAGCAGUGUGGCAUUCCUUUAGAAAAACACAAAAGAUUACUGACAAGAAAAAUUAACAUUAUAUAUACAGUAUUAUAAGAUAUAAUAUACCUGUGUAUGUGUGUGUGUAUAUAUAGAUAUAGAUAUAUAUGUGUAUUCGCAAUAAACAUUGGCCAGCUUUUCUGAAACACCAUUGGGUUUCUUAAGACAGCAUGCGUAUAACUAUAAAGAUAAUGUACAAUAUAAAUGAUGCUCUGCAUAACUCAUAAACAAACUUUCUUUUGCACAUUUGACACAUGUAGUAGACGUAGUCUAUAUAUUAUAUAUACGGUUCAAUUUUGGCUUGAAAUUGGGCCUUCAACUCUGAAAGGACCAGACUCAUUGCUCUGCAGAACACGUGUGUGUGCUCAUUCUCAUCCUGGCGUCAAAAUGGCAUAGU